UGUUUUUGAAGAGGCAUGGCAUUGGUGUCAUAGUUUUGCUUCUUUAAAUUGCGAAAUAUAUGCUGAGGACAACACUCAGAAAAUGACAAGCUCACAGUACAGACACACUGCAAAUCUGCCUCUCGAUAUUGGACAGUAGCCUACAAACUGUGCGAAAGCAACUCAAUAACAAGAUGGUGCAGAAUUUCUCUGUCUGUGAAAAGAUUCAAAUGGCCCUGCUGCCCUCAGUGUAUGGGGUUGAGUUCAUUGUGGCCCUGGCAGGAAACCUGUUCGCCCUGUGGCUACUGAUGGCCAGAGAGAGAAGAAACUGGCACACUGGCGUUGUCCUGUCGUAUAACCUGGCCAUCAGUGACCUGCUGUAUGUCCUGACCCUGCCUUUGCUGAUUGUCUACUACUCACUGGGGAAACACUGGAUAUUUGGUGACGCCGUGUGUAAAAUUGAGAGGUUUCUUUUCACCUGCAACCUCUAUGUGAGCAUCUUCUUCAUCAUGGCGAUAAGUGUGAAUCGAUGUGUGGCCCUCGCUUGUCCCUUCUUUACCCGAUCUCAUGUAACGUCUGCCCACGCCAAAGCUAUCAGUGUCAUCAUCUGGAUCGUUGUCGGAGUCAUUUCCUGCCCUGUGUUGAAAUUUGCCUCUGUUUGCCAAAAUAUCUACAAUAACAACACUCUGUGUGUGUCGUUCUGUGGCGGGAUUCUGAAGGAUGAAAGCUCUCACUUCACUUACAAAAUGUUUCUUGCUGUGUUUGGGUGUUUUGUUCCCUUCCUGGUUACUCUCACGUCAUACUGUGUGGUGAUUUGCGUGGUGUGGAAAAAUGUCAGUAUAACCACACUGGAGAAGCGAAAGGUAGCCCUGUUGGUCAUGUCAGUGCUUGUGCUGUAUGCCAUUUCCUUUGUGCCUUACCACAUAUUUCUGAACUAUCACUUGUAUCUGAAAAUCUGGAGUCCCAACAACUCUGUCUGUUGGGUCUACGAGAUGUACCAAGUGUCCAAGGGACUGGCAACUCUGAACAUGUGUAUCCAUCCAAUCCUUUACAUAUCUGUGUUUGACAGUAUAAGAGUAGCUUGUUGUGGGAAGAGCCCAGAGGACAACGACAUGGGAAUGAUGAGGAAGUAGAGCUGCUCUUUCACAGCUUUUCUGUGUACGCGCUGUAAAACUUGAGCAAAUUUGAAUUCUACACAGGAUUUUUUUUAAUACAGGAGAUCUUGCUCUUAUUUCUUGACUUGUUUUUGUUAUUUCUGAAAGUUAUUGUUCAACAAACUUUGAAACAUAACUAUUUGUAAUAAAGACUUCUUUGUUGCUGUGA